AUGAAGCAACAUCUCAGAGACAGUCCAAGACCCUCCUGUCCCACUCUCUACAGGAGACAGUCCAAGACCCUCCUGUUCUACUCUCUACAGGAGACAGUCCAAGACCCUCCUGUUCUACUCUCUACAGGAGACAGUCCAAGACCCUCCUGUUCUACUCUCUACAGGAGACAGUCCAAGACCCUCCUGUUCUACUCUCUACAGGAGACAGUCCAAGACCCUCCUGUCCCACUCUCUACAGGAGACAGUCCAAGACCCUCCUGUCCCACUCUCUACAGGAGACAGUCCAAGACCCUCCUGUUCUACUCUCUACAGGAGACAGUCCAAGACCCUCCUGUUCUACUCUCUACAGGAGACAGUCCAAGACCCUCCUGUUCUACUCUCUACAGGAGACAGUCCAAGACCCUCCUGUUCUACUCUCUACAGGAGACAGUCCAAGACCCUCCUGUCCCACUCUCUACAGGAGACAGUCCAAGACCCUCCUGUCCUACUCUCUACAGGAGACAGUCCAAGACCCUCCUGUUCCACUCUACAGGAGACAGUCCAAGACCCUCCUGUCCCACUCUCUACAGGAGACAGUCCAAGACCCUCCUGUUCUACUCUCUACAGGAGACAGUCCAAGACCCUCCUGUUCCACUCUACAGGAGACAGUCCAAGACCCUCCUGUCCCACUCUCUACAGGAGACAGUCCAAGACCCUCCUGUCCUACUCUCUACAGGAGACAGUCCAAGACCCUCCUGUCCCACUCUCUACAGGAGACAGUCCAAGACCCUCCUGUCCCACUCUCUACAGGAGACAGUCCAAGACCCUCCUGUCCUACUCUCUACAGGAGACAGUCCAAGACCCUCCUGUCCCACUCUCUACAGGAGACAGUCCAAGACCCUCCUGUCCCACUCUCUACAGGAGACAGUCCAAGACCCUCCUGUUCUACUCUCUACAGGAGACAGUCCAAGACCCUCCUGCUCCACUCUCUAG